GCAUCUGCAUUUCAGAGAUAAAGUGAAGUGGGACCGACAUGAAAGUGAAGAUCUCCUCUGCAGUGAUACCACCUAUGAAAUGUAUCCUUACAGAUAUGUUUGGGCAUUGAACAAUGGACUACUAUUACAAGCCCAGACUCAAACAUGCUUCUCAGCGAUCCAUGUGGGGAAUGGGUAACUUUAAGAUGCAAACCUAUCGGUGAUUAAUGGCCAACUGUCACAUGGAACAUGAGGGGAGGGUCUAAAGGCCUCUACAGAGAAAGUGGUUAUAAACAUGAACAUGCCCAGAGAUUACAACCAGUUAUCUGUGAGUAUGUCAAUUUCUCAUUUUUUGAACAUGACAAUACGCCACCUGGUAACAUGCCUGACAUGAGCACAUGAUCGCUUUGAGUCAUCCUACAUUUUAAAAUGACUUCAAAGCAUUUGGAAACGGUUAGGGAUCAACUGAGUGUCGAGUGCCAUGGAAAAGCUAGAAGAAAGCAUAUAUUCAUUGAGCAGAAGAAAAGAAGGGUCUGCACAGAAUGGAGAAAAGCACAUUCUCGUUUGGCGGCAAGGAGCAGGAGGAGGAAGGAGAGUCAGCUGUUCGAGGAGUUAACUGCUCUUCUGCCUCUGGACCCCAGUAUGGAUGGCCAGCGAGACAAAGCGUCAGUCAUACGUCUCACAACCGCUUACCUGCACCUGAGGGAUCUUACGAACACCUUAGACUCCUGUGCACUGUCCAUGAUGACACAGUCCUCUCCUCCUUCACCAGGAGUAUCGGCUAAAUCUCUUGAGAGGGAGUUGGUAGAUUCUGCCCUCGGAGGGUUUGUGGUUUUGUUGUCUUUGAAUGGCAAGGUCAUCUUCACCACUGAGGGCAUAACUACACACACUGGAAUUAACCAGAUGGAUUUGAUCGGUAGGAGUUUGUUUGAGUUCUUGCAUCCAUGUGAUCAGAUGGAGGUCAAAGACAUUCUCACGAGACUGAUCGGAAACCGAGGACAGCAAGAAUGUGAAGUGUUCCUCAGAAUAAAAAGUGUGAAGAACCAGAAGCUUACUCCUUGGAAAAUUAUUCAGUGUACUGGAACGAAAAAGUCAUCGGCUACACCUGGAUUCAGUUGUCUAGUUCUUCAGUGCAGGGUUCUGCCCAUGCAGGAGGUCAUUGAACUAAAUGCAGCGCUGAAUAUUAGUACGUUUAUGAGCGUACACAGCCCAGACAUGAAGUUCACCUACUGUCACUCAAGGGUUGUGAAGUUGACAGGCUUUCGUGACACAGAGCUGUUGGGCCAAUCCGUGUACCAGUACUAUCAUCCGUCUGACUGCCAGCAAAUCCGCAAGGCACACAUUUACUUGCUUUCCAACGGCCAGGUGUCGACAGGUAAAUAUCGGCUGCUUCACAGACAUGGUGGCUAUGUGUGGGCAGAGACAGAUGCGUCAUUGGUGUGUAACAGUCGUACUGGCGUGCCAGAGAGUGUUGUCUGCGUCAAUUACAUUCUUAGUGGAGUGGAGCAGCCCGAAUUGACAUAUUUGCUGAAGCAGACAGAACAACUUCUGAAACCACGUGACUUCCUUCUCACAGAAUCCCAGCCUGCCGCUUUUCCACUGACCGCAGCCCAGCUAGACAAAAGCGGCCUUAGAUCCAAAUCAGAUGAGCACAAUUGUCCUCUAAACCAAAGAGAGAGGGACAUACAGGAAGUUCAUAACUGUACAAAGAUCACACAUAACACAGAAGAGUGCUGCAAUUUCAAUUGCGAUCUGUGUGAGUUAGACUUGGACAGUCUGGCUCCAUACAUUCCAAUGCACGGAGAGGACUUCCUGCUAACUCCCAUUUUAGAGGGGACAGAGGACCGCGCCGAACUAAACAUGUGUGGACUAUCAUUUAAUAAUCCACAUCAAAAACUGAACCCUCAAAAUUCAGAGGGAAUGGUCUUUCUGCCUGUAAAGAGCCUUACACAUGCCCAACAAAGUUUCAGUCAUUCUUUUCUAACAAACAGGAUCAACAAUACUAACCUGAUAUCAACACAGCAGUGGAAUGAGAGCCUAGAUCUUGUGAACAGAAUUUCAAAGGUUUAUAAUUCUAAUAAUAAACAGCAUAAUUAUCAACUCUUCUCGACUGAAAGCGAGACAUAUCAUUGGAGGGAGGAUGCACUUAAAGUUUUGCAACAUCCCAACAGAACACACUGGAGCUUUGAUGGAUCAACACCGAGGCCAUAUGGUGGAGACCCAAAUACACUUGGAGUAAAGUUCAGAUCAUUUCCAGAGAAUCCUAAGCAUCAUCCUCAGAACAGAAGACACCAUGCGGAUGUACAAGCGCUCCCAACACCCUGGAUUUUGCCUGAGUUGAGCGGCUCGGAGUGUGAGGUCAACGCACCUCUUGACCCCACAUCAUAUUUGCUCCACGGGACAGAAAUUAUAGCUGUUCUGGACCAAGUGGCCUCAAGAGUGCCUUGGUGCUGAUACAAAACAAAAUACAACACUACCAAUGUGCAUCACUUACAUACACUCGGUCAUUAAUGCAUUUUUAUAAUAACAACACUUGCCAGUAGUCAACAACCGCGAGCAUUGCCUUAGACUAUAGUACAUUACUAAAACCUGUGUGAUUGUGGUAAAAUCUGUUUUAUUCAUCAUAAUAUAAUAACAUAAUAUUGGGCUUUGCACUCUAAAUGACUCCUUUCUGAGGUUACAGUGUUAAGGCCCAUUCGCAACAAGGGAUUUACAACAGGGGCAACCACUAUAACAAUAAAGUCAUUCUACUUCUCAGACAAUAGGGAUGUUCACACCAUAACUGUAACGAUAACAACAAAGAGGAACAAUUUUGUUGGAAUCACUUUCAGAGUCAAACUUUUCAGAAGUCAAAAAAAAAAAUCUUGAUCAUUUAUAGCAGUAGAUGACUAAACUGCAUGCCCACAUAUAAUAUACAGAACUUUAUUGUCCGCUGGUGUGAAUGGACAUUUAGUAUGGCGUUGCAUCUUCUACCAUUGCUGUGUUUCAUUUCAAAAUAUUCUAGAAACCUUUAUGAAUACAAAAGGAUUUAUUGUUUGCAAUGUUACAAAUUUGUCUCGAUUUACUACUUUUAAAUGUUUUUUUUUUUCAUUUACUUUUUUAAAAUAUUAACUAACUGAUGUCAGAGUGUAUCUGGCACUAGUUGUUCCCUUUACAUCUUGUUUCCAUUUUAUCAAAUGGUAUAUUAUUAAUAUACCAACUAAUAGUGCAUAGUAGUUUCAUGCUAAUUUAAUAAAGUUUUACAUUGUUCAUGCGAA